AUGAUCCGUGUAACGCUGGUGACGCUCGCGCUCUGUCUGGGACUGGUGUUCGCAAGUCCGACGGUUCGCGACAGUCCGAAGGGAAACCGUAUCGUCGGAGGCUACAAUGCCGUCGAGGGUCAGUUUCCGUACCAGGUGUCGAUGAGGAGACCGCCAAGCUUCCACUUCUGUGGCGGAUCGAUCCUUAACACCAGAUGGGUUCUGUCGGCGGCGCACUGCACGAUCGGCAUGGAGCCGUCCGCGCUCAACGUGUACGUCGGAAGCGUACGAUUGGAGAGCGGCGGAGUUUACCAUCGGACGAUGCGCAUCGUCAACCAUCCGCUGUACGAUCCGGCCACCAUCGAGAACGACAUCAGCUUGGCACAGACCGUGGCCCCGAUCGUGUUCAACGAGUACACGCAACCGAUCCCGCUCGGUUCGUCGUACGUGCUGUCUGGAACCGGCGCAACCAUUUCGGGUUGGGGCAGGUCGAACACGAUGGACGACGGACCAGCCGACGUGCCGGACAACUUGCAGUUCCUCACGGUGGACAUCCUCACGAUGGAGGAGUGUCGCGAGGAGCGCAACGGUUCGAACAACAUCUUCGACAGCGUAAUGUGCGUCUCGAGCCCGGAAGGCCAGGGGGCCUGCUCGGGUGAUUCGGGUGGACCGCUGGUGUACGACGGCAUGGUGCAUGGUAUCGCCUCGUUCGUGCGUGUCCCAUGCGCCACCGCAGUUUCCGACGUGUACGAGCGUGUGUACUCGCACCUAUCGUGGAUCGCUUCGGUGAUGAUUUAA